CAUUGCUGUGCGCCCAGUCUUUCUAGCGCGCCUGUCGACUUCGUGUCCUUAUAGCACAAUUGUCCAUAUUCUACCCCCCACCCCACAUCACCACCACCACCGCCGCCAAGGAGAAAACAACAACAACAACAGAAUCCGCGGUCAAAGCCCGAUGUGCCACCGUUGCCGGGGAUCAGUGGGAGCAUUGGAAGACCAGCGAGAUAGCGAGAGCGGCGCAGAAGCCCCCGAGCGAACAUGAUGCUAACGAGAAUUGUGUUAGUGGGACUGGUCUGCUGUUCUCUCUUCUCGUCUGCCAGGGCGUGUGGACCGGGCCGGGGUUAUGGGAGAAGGAAGCACCCCAGAAAACUCACCCCUCUGGCCUACAAGCAAUUCAUCCCGAACGUGGCAGAGAAGACUCUGGGUGCCAGUGGCAGAUACGAGGGGAAGAUUACCAGGAACUCGGAGAGAUUUAAAGAAUUGACACCCAAUUACAACCCAGACAUUAUUUUUAAGGACGAAGAAAAUACGGGAGCUGACAGGCUGAUGACACAGAGGUGUAAAGAUAAAUUGAACUCUCUGGCGAUCUCGGUGAUGAACCAAUGGCCCGGGGUGAAGCUACGAGUGACCGAGGGCUGGGACGAAGACGGACACCAUUCAGAGGAGUCCCUACACUACGAGGGCAGAGCUGUGGACAUCACCACCUCCGACCGGGACAGGAGCAAGUAUGGCAUGUUGGCAAGACUGGCUGUCGAAGCGGGCUUCGAUUGGGUGAACUACGAAUCCAAAGCCCACAUCCACUGCUCGGUGAAAGCAGACCGGGAAAAUUCAGUGGCUGCUAAAUCUGGAGGCUGUUUCCCUGCCUCAGCGAGAGUCAGUCUGGAGAACGGCGACACCAAACAAGUCAAGGACCUGACGCCGGGAGACCGGGUACUGGCGGCAGACGAGCGGGGCAACCUCCUCUACAGUGACUUCGUCAUGUUCUUGGACAGAGCUGAGGAGGUGGAGAAAGUUUUCUACGUGAUCGAGACACGAGAACCUCGCCGCAAACUCGCCCUCACUGCGGCCCAUUUACUUUUCGUCGGGCACGCUACGAACGAGGGGCAACUCGGACUGAAGGCAACUUUCGCCAGCAAGGUGAGGUCGGGACAGCUGGUGUACAUCACGGACGGAGACAGUCACCGGCUGCGACCCGCCAGAGUCGACAAGGUUUACCUGGAGGAGAUGAUCGGUGCUUACGCUCCGCUGACUAUCCAGGGCACGGUGGUGAUCGACCAGGUCCUCACCUCUUGCUAUGCAGUGAUAGAGGAACACUCGCUGGCUCACUGGGCUUUCGCCCCUGUACGGAUGAGGUACACGGCCAGAUCUUUACUGCUGCCCAGCGACCCACCAGCGGUCAACUGUACUGUCCAAGCAGGUGGGGUCCACUGGUACUCCAGCGCCCUGUAUCAAAUAGGCAGGUGGGUACUGAAUGGCGCGUCCAUCCAUCCUUUGGGAAUGGCGCUAGACUCCAGCUGAAAUGGUUCACCCGCAUCCAGACUUUCACAAACAGAACCCGCUCAAAGUCAAAUCAAACAAAGCCGAGUUUCCACAAGAAGAUUUCCAUGGGGAUAUUUAUUUCGUUUUUGCUUUAUUUUACCUCCCUUGUUUCUCUUGCCUGUUGUUGAUAUCGUCUUCUUGUUUAACGGAAAAGAAACUGGAACUUUGGAAAGCCUUAAAACUCCGUCAAUAAUUUAUUCCUCGGUGACCCCACCAGAACGGAAACUAUUUUGUGUGGUCAGUCAAGGAGAAGAAUAUAUUUUUCUAUCUGUUUUUUGUCCCGUGCAGCAUUCUACAAACGUUUGCAACGAAUUAUCUUGUUGUUUUUUGUAAUCUCUUCUUCCCGCUCUCAUUUUUGUUUUUUUAAUUUCUCUUGUCUUUUGGACAAAGCUACACUUCGUUGGGGGAGGGGGGGGGGUCCACAAAUUAUAUUUUUAUACACAGAAUUGUAAAUUAGAUUUUGGAGACAUCAUUACUUAACUGAAUCACAUUUCGUUAUUUGAAAUAGUGUAAAAUACGAGAAUAUAUUAUUUUAAUUUAAAGUCUAGACGCAAAAAAUUAUAACGUUUUGACCAUCCCAUCUGCGAUGUAUCGUUUGAUAUUAAACGUGCUAUUUUGUAAACAGGAUGUGCUUCAGAUAAAGUAGGCGUGUUCAGCGAACAUAUGUCCCUCCAUCAACUGUGUCGCCCUUGACAUCUCCAUCUGGGACUGAAUUUUAUUCAGAAGAAAUUAUUUUUUAAAAGUGACAAACCUUGAUGAUCAAUAAUCAUAUUCUAAUGAAAGUAGUAGUUUGUACAAAGUUUUUUUUGCAUACGAAUUAAAAUUCGACAAAAAAGCUGUAAAUUUACUAAAACCGUAUUAUUUGCAUAUUUUGUAAUAGAUUAAUACAGUAGUUUUAUAAUAUAGAAAUGUGCCAAAUACUCUGAAUAUUAUUGAAUAGCAUUUCGAUUACACGCGACUUUUGAUAAUCGAGAGGUAAAGAGAGACGCUGUGUACAGAUACUUUAAACUAUUUUGCAAAAAUGAAAAGAGAUAUUUAUGUUUUAGGGUCAAUCUUUUACGCCACAGCAUACCGGACGUGGAAUGGUUGUAAUUUCUGCGGCAAGGUCCGGAAGACCGUGUCAUAUUUUACAUUCUAUUUGAUUCAAUCAUUCUGCAACUUAUAAAAAAAAAAUGUAAGAAA